AUUGGUUUGUAAAUGUAUAUUAGUUGGUGGAUGUACAUUGGUUGGUGGAUGUAUAUUUGUAUGGGGAUGUUUAUUUUUUGUGGAUGUAUAUUAGUUGGUGGAUGUAUAUUUGUUGGUGGAUGUAUAUUUUUUGUAGAUGUAUUUUGGUUGGUGGAUGUGCAUUGGUUCAUAGAUGUAUAAUGGUUGGUGAAUGUAUAUUUGUUGGUGGAAGUAUAUUUUUUUGUAGAUGUAUUUUGGUUGGUGGAUGUGCAUUGGUUCAUAGAUGUAUAUUAGUUGGUGGAUGUAUAUUUGUUGGUGGAUGUAUAUUAGUUGGUGGGUGUAUAUUGGUUGGUGGAUGUACAUUGGUUGGUAAAUGUACAUUAGUUGGUGGAUGUAUAUUAGUUGGUGGAUGUAUAUUUGUUGGUUGGUGUAUAUUGGUUGGUGGAUGUAUAUUAGUUGGUGGAUGUAUAUUUGUUGGUGUAUGUACAUUGGUUGGUAAAUGUACAUUAGUUGGUGGAUGUAUAUUUGUUGGUUGGUGUAUAUUGGGUGGUGGAUGUAUAUUAGUUGGUGGAUGUAUAUUUGUUGGUGUAUGUACAUUGGUUGGUUAAUGUACAUUAGUUGGUGGAUGUAUAUUUGUUGGUUGGUAUAUAUUGGUUGGAGGAUGUAUAUUAGUUGGUGGAUGUAUAUUUGUUGGUGGAUGUAUAUUAGUUGGUGGAUGUAUAUUUGUUGGUGGAUGUACAUUGGUUGGUAAAUGUACAUUAGUUGGUAAAUGUACAUUAGUUGGUGGAUGUAUAUUUGUUGGUUGGUGUAUAUUUGUUGGUGGAUGUAUAUUAGUUGGUGGAUGUAUAUUGGUUGGUGGAUGUUUAUGUGUUGGUGGAUGUAUAUUGGUUGGUGGAUGUACAUUGGUUGGUAAAUGUACAUUAGUUGGUGGAUGUAUGUUGGUUGGUACAUGGAAUAUUGCUACAUUUACCAUUAAAUAAAUUUUCAUGGAGAUGCUAUUUCAGGUUUAACCAGAGUUUAACUAUGUUUUGUUUUUGUUUUUAAUUAGAUGGGUAUAUGGUGCAUCUACAUGUCACGCACCAGUCAAGUCUCCAUGUUGGAACGUAGGGUACUAACGUGACAAUAUCGGGAAGUGUGUCAACAACUGGUACCUCUAGUGAACUGAAGGAAGGCCUUGUCCCACCUCUUACCAUGUAGGCAGUUAUCCUCUGUGCAUGUGGUCUGUGAUGAGUUGUGUUUUUUUCUAGCCGACACGUGGAAUAAUGAGUGGCACCACCAAGAUAGAGUACCGCUACCUGGGACGUUCCGGGCUGAAGGUGUCCUGCGUGUGUCUGGGUACCAUGAUGUUCGGAGAGAGGCAGAACCCAUACCCGGGCCAGUGUGACGCCGCCAACUCGCAUGCUCUGCUCGACCGUUUCUUUGAACUAGGAGGCAACUUCAUCGACACGGCCGACCUCUACUCUUUGGGUCAGUCGGAAGCCAUCAUAGGACAGUGGAUGAACGGGCGCAGCCGAGACGAUGUCGUGCUUGCGACAAAGGUGGGACUCCACUCCGACAGCCAGGGGUUGAGCCGACGUUCCAUCACACAGUCCGUGGAGAGAAGCCUGGAGAGAUUACAGACACACUACAUAGACCUGUAUCAGACACACUUCUGGGACAAGGGGACUCCUGCUGAGGAGACUGUGCGGACGUUUGACGACCUCGUCCGGUGCGGUAAGAUCCGGUACGGCGGCAACAGCAACCUGUGUGGCUGGAUGGUGCAGAAGAUGGCAGACAUCACAGACCGACUUGGGCUCAACCCCUUCAUCAGCCUACAGCAACGCUACAGCCUUGGUACCCGAGAUUCGGAGUGGGAUGCCUUCGCUGUGUGUAAUCAGGUCGGCAUUGGUGUGAUGGCUUGGGGGACACUGAUGAGCGGCCUACUCACGGGGAAGUACAAGCGCGGGGACCCGCAGGUCAACAGUAGUCAGGGGACCCGCCUGGCCUGGCUGGCAGAGGACGAGUCCAGGUGUCAGCGGAUCUUCCCCUCCUGGACCAAGCUGCAGGCAGACACACGACUGUGGAACACACUCGACGUUCUCACGCAUGUCGCCAACACCCACAAUAGGAGUGUAUCCCAAGUUGCACAGAAGUGGGUCCUGCACAAAAACGUAGCAUCAAUAAUUAUCGGCAGCAGGGACAUCCCACAACUCGAGGCCAACAUGGCGGCUGGCAACAGGGACUGGGAACUCUCCCCAGAGGAGAUGCUACACCUAGAUGAAGUGUCGAAUAUACCGCUGCCGUAUGAACAGGAGAGUUUCCGGAGGAUGGGGACUGGUAAUGCGAGCAGAUACAACCGCUUCAACCCGCAAUUCUAGUCUAUGUAGGCAGGCAUUGGACUACAUAAAGUAACAUGCAUCCCGUGAUGGCGUCUCCCCUACCUGUUCAGCAUACAUCCCGUGAUGGCGUCUCCCCGACCUGUGGCAGCAUACAUCCCGUGAUGGCGUCUCCCCAACCUGUGGCAGCAUACAUCCCGUGAUGGCGCCUUCCCAAGCUGUCGCAGCAUACAUCCCGUGAUGGCGUCAACCAAACCUGUGGAAGCAUACAUCACAGGAUGGCGUCUCCCCAACCUGUGGCAGCAUACAUCCCGUGAUGGCGUCUCCCCUACCUGUGGCAGCAUACAUCACAGGAUGGUGUCUCCCCUACCUGUGGCAGCGUACAUCCCGUGAUGGCGUCUCCCCAACCUGUGGCAGCGUACAUCCCGUGAUGGCGUCUCCCCUACCUGUGGCAGCAUACAUCCCGUGGUGGCGUCUCCCCAACCUGUGGCAGCAUACAUCCCGUGAUGGCGUCUCCCCGACCUGUGGCAGCAUACAUCCCGUGAUGGCGUCUCCCUGACCUGUGGCAGCAUACAUCCUGUGAUGGCGUCUCCCCGACCUGUGGCAGCGUACAUCCCGUGAUGGCGUCUCCCCGACCUGUGGCAGCGUACAUCCCGUGAUGGCGUCUACCCAACCUGUGGCAACAUAUAUCCCGUGAUGACGUCUCCCCAACCUGUGACAGCAUACAUCCCGUGAUGGCGUCUCCCCUACCUGUGGCAGCAAACAUCCUGUGAUGGCGUCUCCUCGACCUGUGGCAGCGUACAUCCCCUGAUAGAGUCUACCCAACCUGUGGAAGCAUACAUCCUGUGAUGGCGUCUCCCCUACCUGUGGCAGCGUACAUCACAGGAUGGCGUCUCCCCAACCUGUCACAGCAUACAUCCCGUGAUGGCGUCUCCCCUACCUGUGGCAGCAAACAUCACAGGAUGGCGUCUCCCCAACCUGUGGCAGCAUACAUCCCGUGAUGGCGUCUUCCCGAACUGUGGCAGCAUACAACACAGGAUGGCGUCUCCCCUACCUGUGGCAGCGUACAUCACAGGAUGGCGUCUCCCCAACCUGUCGCAGCGUACAUCCCAUGAUGGCGUCUCCCCUACCUGUGGCAGCAUACAUCCCGUGAUAAGAUGCGAUUUUACUUGAAACGCUAAUGAUGAUGUCAUGUCCCUCUUGAAAUCACAUUUCAAUAACGUGUGUAACUCCGGACUAUUCCACGAAACUAUCAUUAUUUUGGGGUAUAUUAAAGAUACCAGCACUUUCAAUACCAGAUUAGCUAUUUGGGCAAUUAUGAAGGAGGAAAUUCCGGCGACACAGAUCCGAUUUUCGUCUAGGAUAUUCAACCUGUCUGAGCACGUUCAUAUUAGAUUUGAGCAAAAUAAACCCCAGUACCCAUACUUCGGCCCGGGAUGUGCCUUCUGGGGGAGUAGCAGGGCGUGGAGUCAACCCACAGACCUUGUCAGCUUGGUCAUGUGGACAAGGCGUCCGACCUCUGAUCAGAAGGUCCUGGUUCGAAUCCCGUCACGGGACUCGGAAAUUGUAUUGCCGCUACAGAUGCAACAAAACUCUUUCCGAGUCUUUCAAUUGCCCUUCUGGUUUCCGCGAAGGAUGUAUCUAAAGCCCUUUGUUGUUUUCAUUCUUGAUAUGUGAGUUGUGAAAUGAAAUUAGUUGUUAUGGUCAACACAGUUUCCAAUUAUUUCCUGACGAGGAAUUAUUUCUUUUAUUGUUUGCUGCUGAUGAAAUAUUAGUGCCUGAAUCAGUUGUAGACUGCAAAUGAUGUCUUGGAUGCAUACGCCUUGCAUAUUGAACAUGAGUAGCCUUGCUGUGGCUUUAAACAUUUGUUAACAAUGUAUCAAACUUUGAUAUGUGAACGGCAAAUGUAAUUCACCUUUAGUGUCAUUUUACUUUAUCAUUUUAACCCUACAUAUUUUUUCAAAGUUCUUUUGAGCUAGCAUGAAUAUCAUAAAAUACUUAGCACGUCAAUGCUCAUAAUUCCCUCAAUUCACGAUGAAGGCUCUGGUAUGGCUAGUGUACAUUUCUGUAUACUGAAACGUGCCUGGGUUACAUAUCUGUAGUACCCGUGACAACGACCCCUUCAGCUUUAUUCCUCCAUUCAGUGAUCCUACAUUAAAUAUUCUUCACGAGUACUGGAAUCGUGAAAUUUGCCACGAAACGCGAGUUUAGACCGCUGGUCUGAAAGGCGUCAUAAAAUUAAUGCAAUUAGUCAUGCAAAUAAACUGUGAAAAGCUAAUCAGCAAACGAAAACACCAUGCUAUGUCUACAGACUUAGAAUUCCAUGAUGUGGUAUUGGCUGAAGGAAGUUCAAUUGAAAACUAUCAUUUGCCAUCUUCAAAACCUUAACUUCAUUCAGUUGAUCUAACUUCUAUGAUAUCAAAAGCAGGACAGUUUAUCCUUAUCUUUCAUGAAAUAAAACGUGAAAGAGGACAUGUACAAGCAUUGAAUGGAAUGGUGCUUGCCUAUUGGACAAUUAUAUUUGUCAUUUUCGUGAAAAUUCCCUUCACUGGAGGUAGUGACACGUGUUUGGUUAUGUAUAGAAGCUAUUAUUGUGAUGUACUGAUGCACCCAACUGUUUCCUGAAAUGGUUGCACAAUGUUGAUAGUGAUAUAUCAGAAAGUAACGAGGGGCGUUCAAUAAGUUUUGCAACUUAGGCAUUUGUGUUUACACAAACAAUGUCUACUUGUGGCAGGGGUGACACUAGUCAUAACAUCAGGAUGACACGUGUCAUAACAAGUUCCAGACACAACAAUAAGUUAGAUGUGAUGGCUUCAUUCACCUAAGGGUAGUCACAGCCAUGGAUUCUCUCAAACAUGAAAAACGCACUGUAAUAAAGUUCCUUACUAAGAAGGGAUGCAAAGCAAAGGAAAUCCAUAAUUGCAUGUGUAAAGUGAUUGGUAAGGAUGCUCCUGACUAUUCGACAGUUUGCCGUUGGUCUCUACAGUUUAAAAGGGGUAGGGAGUCCGUAGACGUGACCAAAGGUCAGGCAGGCCUUCAGAUGCCACCCAACCGGAAACCAUUGCUGCUAUAGAAAGAUGAAUUUUGUCUGACCGACGAGUGAAAGUGUCUGAACUUUCUAGGGAAUUCCAAAUAUCAGUUGGAACUGUUGGAACAAUUAUUCAUGAACAUCUUGGUAUGUAUCCAAGGUAUCUGCAAGAUGGGUACCUAGAAACCUCAAAGUUCAAGAUCGCCAUCAGAGAACUGAAAGUUGCCGAGACCUCCUGGAUCUCUAUACUGCUGGUGAAGCCAGAUUUCUUUCUCGUCUAGUUAAGGUGAUGAAACAGGGAUCCACCACUGGAAACCUGAAACUAAAUUGGAAUCCAUGCACUGGAAGCACCCCAUUUCUCCGCCCAAGAGGAAGUUUCGCACUCAACCAUCGGCUGGCAACGUAAUGGCCACCAUAUUUUGGGAUGCAAGAGGCAUAUUACUGAUUGUUUCCAUGCCACCAAAAACUACAAUCAAUGGACAGUAUUAUGCUAAUGUAAUGAAAGAAUUGCGAAAAUCUAUUCGCCAGAAACGCCGUGGGAUGUUAACACGUGGUAUUCUACUUUUGCAUGACAACGCUCCGGUUCACAAGUCGAGAAGUGCACAGGCCGCCAUAUGUGAAUGUGGAUUCGAACAGUUAAAUCACCCACCCUACAGCCAAGACUUAGCCCCCAGUGACUAUUUCCUGUUCCGGCAAAUGAAAUCUACCCUACGUGGAAGAUGC